GACGCCUUAGUGACACUUGAACGAUAAGGGAGGAUGGAUGUGCGUAUUUCCUCUCCCUUAUUCUGGUCACUUUUCUUCUUAUGCAGUUUAUUUAUCGGUGUGACAAUUAGUGACAGACAUGGCCACACACCUCGGUACCUGACAGUCCGGAGGGAGAGUGAGAAGCAAGCCCCAGUUGUCAUUAAAAUAGACGAAGAUGUUAAUAAGGAAGAAGAUAUUUUGCCAUUUACUGCAAGAUCAGCUGAUGGUGGGCAAGAUUUCAAGUCGAGGAGAAAGAGACACGUGCACCAAGAUUUAGUUGCCCAGCCAACGCUCAAUGUGUCACACCUCAAUGACAGCCACCAGCAAGUAAUGAUUCAGUGGGCAGGUGAGGGAAGCCCAGUCAUCAUCUGUCUGAUGCGCAAUGCCGUACAGAACUCCAGCAUGCCAUCCAGUAUGUUUAUCUCCAAGGACUACGGAAGCUCAUACCAGAAUAUCUCCGCCAAGUUUGAAAUGCCGGAUGGGAAUCUUGCCAUUAUCAACACUUUCUAUAACAACAAAGUCUUCCGGUCAAGGUUUGUGUUUACGGACAUCAUCAACGGCUACAUAUUCGUCACCAAGGAUUAUGGGGAGACGGUUACUCGUUACAAGGUUAACUUCACUCCAUCCGAGGUCAUGUUUCACCCUGUUGAUGCUGAGGUCCUUCUUGUUCAUGACACCAAGGACCCUGACCGCACUUUGUGGGUGAGUGAAGACUUUGGAGAUGGGUGGCGCAACAUUGGGUAUUACGUGAGGUCGUUCUUUAUCAGCGAAUUCACUUCCCCUCCUACUUUGUACAUUGAGAGAAGGAAGACGGAACUCUCGGCUGUUCUCUCUUCCCAGAAUCUGUUCAAUGAGGAUGAUCUGGCCAUACCUGUCAUUGAGUCCACCCUGGAGUUUGAGGUCAAGGAUGAGUUUCUCUUUGCCGUCAAGAAGUCACCGACAGCGGAGGACACACUGAGCCUUUUUAUCUCCUACCGUGGGGGGAAGUUUCACCAGGCACUGUUCCCCAAUAACAUGAAGCACCAGCAUUACUAUGUGGCUGAUGUCUCUGAGGGGCAGGUGAUGGUGUGCGUCGCUCACAAGGAGUUCCUGUCCAACCUGUAUGUGUCGUCAGUCCCCAGGUCCCCAGAUCAUCCUGUCAAGUUUUCUCUGUCUCUGGAACGCAUUGUGUUCUUCAAGCGCUCCCCCACCUGGGACAACACAUGGCUCAGUGAAGUGGCUGACAAACCAUUUGCCGACCUGCAUCAAGUGAAGGGCAUUCGAGGUGUGUUCAUCGCCUCACAGCUGCUGGCUAACAUGACAGGCACUAAUGGCACCAGACAGCAUCACAUAGGACCUGAGCAUACAGUGUCUUACAUCAGCCUUGACCAGGGUGCCCAGUGGAAGCCCCUCCAGCCUCCUGAAACUGAUACUUAUGGAAACUUCAUUGACUGUAAGAAGAGCAAGAGGUGUUCCCUGCACGUGGGUCAGUUGUUCAGCAUGUACGACCCCCGCACAGAGAUGUCGCCGGUGAUCAGCAAGGAGAGUGCGCCGGGUCUCAUCUUGGCCACCGGGUCUAUUGGGGAGACAUUCAAAGGUCACACUGCCCUCUAUGUCUCUGUGGAUGCUGGUGUCAACUGGCAUCAGGUGCUGCAGGGGAGCUACCGCUAUGCCAUAGGAGACCACGGGGGCAUCCUGGUGGUGGUGCAGCACUACAGGACAGCUGGUGAGAUUGACACUCUGUAUUACUCCACUGAUGAUGGGCAGAGCUGGAGUACUUUCAAGUUUUCGGAUGAGAAACUUCGCAUCUACGGUUUGCUGACUGAGCCUGGAGAAAACACAACCAUAUUUACUCUAUUUGGCUCAAGACCUGAAAAGCACCAUUGGAUUUUUGUAAAGGUGGAUCUGAGGCCAGUGUUCCAUUACAACUGCUCAGUGGAUGACUACAAGCAGUGGUCUCCGUCGGAUGGCCGCAGGGGGAGCACGUGUCUGCUGGGGCGCAAGCAGGUGUAUGAACGGCGCAUCACACACGCCAACUGCUACAGCGGGGUGGCUUACGACCGACCAGUGUCCAUUGAGAACUGUCCCUGUGACCGUGAAGAUUUUGAGUGUGACUUUGGCUUUGUCAUCAACGAGAACACCCAGAAGUGCGUGAAGGAUCAGGAUGACACUGUUGAUCCCUACGCCAUCCCCAGCUCCUGCAGUCAUGGUGGUUUCUAUAAUCGCACCAAGGGUUAUCGCCUUGUCCCGGGAAACACCUGUGAGGGCGGCCGUGGUUACCAGUACAACCCAUCCAUCACUGCUUGCCCUGUGAAGCAAGAAAACGUGUUUCUGCUCGUUUCUGCACGUCAGGAAAUAUUAAGGUUUGAUUUGCUAAACCCAGAUGCUGGAAUGCAACCCUUACCAAUCCCUCACCUCAGUAUGGUCAUCGCUCUGGACUUCGACUUGAAAAACAACUGCAUCUUCUGGUCGGACAUCAAUAUUAAGAAGAUAUUCCGUCUGUGCUUUGAUGGCUCUCAUGAUGUGGAGACUCUGGUGGAGACGGACCUGCGCAGCGUGGAGGGUCUCGCCUUUGACUGGGUGUCCAAGAACCUGUACUUUGUUGAUGGGGAACGCAAGACCCUGGAAGUGAUUCGCACCGACAUCUCCAACUUUGGCAGGAUGCGUCGGACUCUUCUCAACAGUGACACGCUGGACAACCCAAGAGGAAUCGCCCUGCAUCCCCGCCUUGGGUACCUGUACCUCACCGAUUGGUCGGAGACUUCACCCAAAGUGGCUCGUGCUUACUUGGAUGGGAAAAACUUCACGACACUGUUUGGAGCAGGAGUGGUGGGUUGGCCCAAUGGCAUCACUAUAGAUUUCCAGAAGGACAGGAUAUACUUUGCCGAUGCCAAGCUGGACUUCAUUGCUUCUGCUAAUUUAGACGGGAGCCAUAUGAGGAAGAUCAUCUCAAACAAUGAAAAAGUAUCUCAGCCAUUUGCUGUUGGGAUCUACAAGUCAACAAUGUUCUGGGAUGACUGGGUGGUGGAGCAGGUGUUGGAGGCAGACAAGAUGAAUGGCUGGGGAAUCUCCUCUGUGGCAAACUUCACCAGAAAUGGACUUGUGGAUCUGAAGGUGUACGGCCACUUGUCUCAGCAGGACACCAACAUUUGUGCCAACCAGAGUCAGGUAUGCAAGUACCUGUGCAUGGGACGACCCAACGAUGAGUACUCCUGCCUGUGCCCCGAUGGUCUUCAGCAAAAGUCUGGCUUAUCGAGAACCCAUGAGGAAUGUGAGUGUCCAGAUGGCUCUCCUGUUGAUAGCAAUGGAGCGUGCAACUUUCAGAAUAGUACAUGCCCUCCAGGGUUCUUCAAGUGCAACAACAACAACUGUAUUCCUGAGAAGUGGAAGUGUGAUAUGGACAAUGACUGUGGGGAUAACUCAGAUGAGAAUGCACCAGAAUGUGGAACUCUGCCGUGCUAUCCUCCCUACUGGCAGUGCAAGAAUGGGCAGUGCAUUGCUUCUUCCUUCCGCUGUGACCACCACCCUGAGUGUGACGACAACUCGGAUGAGGAAAACUGUCACUAUGAUCCAUGCGCCAAUGGGACAUUUAGGUGUGCCAAUGGAAAGUGCAUCCAUCAACAGUGGGUGUGUGACAUGGAGGAUGAUUGUCACGAUGGGUCUGAUGAAGUGAACUGCAAGGUUGACUCAGAGUGCAAAAGUACAGAAUUCACGUGUGACAACAAGCGGUGCAUCCCAGCCUCGUGGCGCUGUGACGGUGACCACGACUGUUCUGACAACUCAGAUGAAAAUGACUGUGAAUCCUUCUCCUGCGCCGCCUGGCAGUUUGCAUGCAGAUCAAGUGUCAUGAAGUGUAUAUUCAGGAGCUGGCGGUGUGAUGGACAGAAGGACUGCGAUGAUGGCUCCGAUGAACAAAACUGCACCAAUCCCACUACCACCACCACCACCACCACCACACCAAGCAGUGAGAAGCAGUGUUCAGAGCUCAUGUUCAGGUGCACCAAUGGCCACUGCAUUCCAUUCUGGUGGCGGUGCGAUAAGCUGAAUGAUUGUGGUGACGAGUCGGAUGAGGACGGCUGCCCCAAUCAUGGAACACACAGCCACAACACGACACUGAGACCACAUAUCACACCCAUUCCUCACACUUGCCAGAAGGACCAGUUUCAGUGCAAGACAGGGGAAUGCCUCUGGGAGACUUGGGUGUGUGAUGGUGAGAAUGACUGUCCCGGCCACGAGGACGAGGAGAACUGUCCGGACAUGACCUGCACUGACGUCAAUGGGUUCCAGUGCAGGCGUUCCAGCGGCUGCAUCCCCAGGGACCUUAUAUGUAACGGCUAUGAUGACUGUGCUGAUGGCUCUGAUGAGGAAGGCUGCAACAGUAACACAACGCCCACCAACUCUUGUCACUUUGGCUACAUGAUGUGUGAUGGGGGAGCCUGUCUGCCUUCGUUCAAGAGGUGCGAUCAUAGCCAUGAUUGUAUGGACCUGAGUGAUGAGCAGAACUGUACCUCUCCUGAUGACCAGGUGUAUUCUGUAACCGAGUACUUAGUGAGGAGCACCAAUGUCUCUAUCAGCGUGCAGUGGAAGGUGAAUGACAAUGCAACACCACCCAAGAUUCUACAAUACUUGCUGUCCUACACUAAGGCAAAGAAAGCUGGGGAUAAUGUUGUGUGGAAGAACACGACUUGGACAUCUAAUACGAGUUAUGAGGUCAUUGGCUUGUCUCCCUACACCAACUAUGUAGUGAAGGUAUACAUCAAGGAAGGGAAUGGAACCAAGGUCUUUGCUCCUAUCAAGUCUCAACAGAUUAUGACGAAGCAAGGCAAACCAAGUCCGCCUCAAGACGUCAAGGCAGAGAGAGAAAAGGACUACACCAAAGUGACGUGGAAGCCGCCUGUGAACCCUAACGGACCCAUCAUCAAAUACCACCUAUUCGUGAGUACACAUCCUGCUGCCGUAUUCGAUGUGAUCGGAAACCAGACAGAGUACAAGAUUCGAGACUCAGACUUGCCAGCCAGCGGUUCCAUUUGGGUCUUGGCAGAGAAUGAGGAGUUCUUGAGUGAGGAGAGCAAUCACGUUAACUUCCACAACACCAGCAUGGACAUUGAACUGAACGUGAAGGUCAAGAAUGUUUCCUCUACUAAUGUUACGUUGAGUUGGGACGCUGUGGAGGGAGUGGACGGCUACAUUGUGGGGCAUAACCUGCCUGAAAAUGUCUAUCAAACUGGAAACAUUACCAUCAACACUUCUGACACAUCUAUUCAAGUGACGGGACUGUCACCAGGGAUCAACUACAUAUUCUGGGUGAGGUCGUAUGAGGCUAACCUCCUCGGGCCCAAGACAAUAGUUCAUAUUGCUACCAAGGGCAUAAGACUCCCCUCUGUUCGGUCCCUUCGUGCUGCCGUCACCAAGGAGGGCACCACGGUCAGGCUGUCCUGGGAUGAGCCGUCCUAUGGAUCAGAAAAGGUUCCGUGGGUGUAUCGUGUGAUGUGGGGCAAGACGACCAACGACUUGAAGCACAGCGCCCAGCAGUACACGACCUCCAACACAACCUUCAUCAUCCGAGGCUUGGAAGCAUGUGAGACUUACCACGUGGCAGUGAUGGUGGAGCACCCCUUUGGAGUUGGUCCCAAGGAAGAAAAACAGUUUGAGAUGGUUGCUGAUCCAAAGGCUCCUCCCAAGAAUAUACAAGCCAGGCUUAACAACAUGAACAUGACUAUCACAUGGGAAGACUCAUGUCCCCAAGGCAGCAGUGACGACCAGCAGUACAGACUGUUUGUGACAGAGACAAACCGAAACGUGACAUCCUCCUACCAGCUCUUGAGUCAGAAGAACCACACCCAUUCACACUACAUUGAGAUUCACUGGGGUGGCCGGUACUCUAUUCAGAUGAGCACAGCCGCCGACAAUGCAGUCUUGAGUCAGCCCAUCACCUGCAACGGCCCAGAGAUUCCACCACCAUAUGAGCUCACUUACAUGAACGGCUCCUUCUUCUGGCGAGAUAAUCCAAACCUCCCCAAAGAAAUAACAUCGAGGAACUACACAUACGUCCUCCACAUAUCGCGUAAUGCAAACAUGACUGAUGCGGAGGCUUAUGAGUGCACAAAACCCCCCCUGGUGGACGAGACGCUGGACAAAGGCAAGGUGUACUAUGCUGCCGUAGCUCUGAAGGACGCUGACGGCUACCUCUCCCAGUGGUCACAGCACCUCAGCAUUGAGAAGCCAAUAGAUAAUGAGUUGGUGUUGUCCGAGUCAAGCGCAGUGGGUGUUGGCGUGUCAGUAUUCCUGGUGGUGGUGGCUCUUCUGGUGGUGGUUGGAAUCUUGGCUGUCAGACACCGCCGCCUAGCUCGCUCCAUCAUCGCCUUCACCAACACCCACUACGACAGCUCCCAAGGCACCACACUCAUCACCACAGAUCAUAAUCUUGAUGAGGAUGACGACUCCCCUAUGAUCCGAGGGUUUUCUGAUGACGAGCCUCUGGUCAUUGCCUAGUGGCCUUUCUCACGUCAGCUUUAUCCUUGCUUGAUAGGUAAGAUAAGCACAGCGAGUGAUUAGUUUAAGUGAUAGAGAUGUAUAUUUUAAUUAUGGUGUAUAUAAUGAUGUAUAUGUUUUAUUACUAUGUAGUAUUAAUUGCAUUAUCUUUAUACAGGUUAAUGCAUGCUGUUUCUUAUUAUUAUUAAUCUCAUUUAUGAUGUAUUGGAAAGCACUUUUUGUUGGUUGUCUUCCACCCACAUAGAAACACUCGACUCUUUUAAUGGUACAGGAUGUAAAUUUCUUUCCUCCCCUCUGUUCCUGAGAAACACUCGACUCUUUUAAUGGUACAGGAUGUAAAUUUUUCCUCCCCUCUGUUCCUGUAAAACACUUGACUCUUUUAAUGGUACAGGAUAUAAAUUUCUUUCCUCCCCUCUGUUGAUCCUUGCCUUAAUGGUACAGGAUAUAAAUUUCUUUCCUCCCCUCUGUUGAUCCUUGCCUUAUGAGAGCCCUGAGCAGAAUUUUACUUGGGAGACACUGUUUUAUCCACACCCUAUAUCUUUUUCCAAGCAUUGCAUUUUAAGGUUCAACACUGUUUGCUUAUUAUGAAAAAGCUAGCCACUUUUCAUAUAUUAUUGAAAGCAUUAUGGUAAACGAGUAAAGACAUGAGCAGUAAUAUCUAUGUAUUUCAGAGCUGUCAGAUGCAGGAGCCCUAUGUGGUUCCUUGUAUUACUUGUACAGUCAGGGUUAUAAAUCCUGCACUCCCUUCCACUGUGUUUUGUGCUCACCCUCACUCUGAAGUUCCCAGCAAUUUAGUAUUAAAAUCUGACAAUUCAUAUAUUCUUAGUUAAUCACAUAACUUAAGAUAGAGGGAGGAUAUGAGGCACAGUAGAAGAGAACUCAGGCUACUUGAAUUGCAACCUUGAGUGUACUAAACCUUGUACCUAAGGCUGGCCCCGGUAAUGUUUUUAAAUGCACAUGUAUCUCAGUAACUAGUUGUAUGUACUCAACUAGUGCUUUUUUUUAAUUUACCAUGUGUGGUGACUGAAGUACUGCUGUGGUUGUGACUUGGUAAUGGAAAGCCUUGGAAACAUGACAGUAUAUUCUUAAAUGCAUCUUAAGUAUAGCAAUGUCUUCAACUCUGACUUGUAAUGACAUGUUAAUUUGAGGUUCUGUAUGUAGACAGGAAGAGAAUUGCAGAUUGUGUUAACUAAUCAAUUAUUCCCUUUUCUGUCAGUGGUGUCUCAAAUUUAUUCUUUGCACUUGCACCACAGUGUUGUCCAAAGGUUGAGCACAAGUCAUAGCAGUCAGAGUAAAGUACUACUGGUAACAAGGUACUAAAGGGAGCAUUAUAACCAUUCAUAAACUUAGGUAAUGAAGCUGAUGUGGCUGGACAUACUACUGUACAAGUCACCCAUCAGUGAAAGGAAGGUACUGAACAAUGAGAUGUGCCAAGUGUGACCUCUGAGAAAAAUGUGAUAAAAAUAAUAAUAAUAAAGGUGUAGUAUAUCAGUA